CGAUCGCCACAGCCAAGAGUAAUUUGAAUUCAUUUUUUUUGUAUUGUUAUCCACCGAUUGUUAAAUUGAUUAAAUUGAUAAUGGACAUUUCAAAGAUUAUCUUUGACAAAGAAGAAUUGGUACACGUUUUAUUGGAUGAAAUUGAAAUUCGAAUGGAAUUUUUGAUCGAUACUGGCAAUGAAAAUUUUAAAAUGAACAAAACACGUACCGAAAAAUGGCAAGAAGUUGCCGAUGCUGUAACAAAAGCUGCACGAGAAUUUUUUGCAAGUAAAAAUGUGGAAUUUGAUUUUAAAAAUCCACUUACUGGCGAUGAUGCAAAGAAAAAAUACCGAAAUUUACGUUCAACUUUUAAUAAAAAAAUGAAAUAUCAAACAGGUGCUGCAUCUGGUGAUGGUAGAAAUUGGCCAUUUUUUGAUUCAAUGUAUCGAAUGCACAUGGCAAUAACUCGUAUUGAUACUGUCGAAAAAAAUAGCCCAAAGAAUGAAUUGGCGAAUUCUGUAAGCAAUUAUUUACAGCAAAAAACAUUAACAUAUUCAACACCAACAAUACCAAAUGAUGAAGAAUAUUUUAUGUCUAAUUUAGCACCAAGUGAUCGUAUGAUGCUUUCCGGUUUAAUCAAAAUGUUUUAUGGUGUUAUAAAUAAAAGUGAUUCUCAUCGGAUGGCAGCAAUGGACAUGCUACAUCAAUUGAACAAUUCAUUAUAUUGUUCCAAUGAUCCAGCCAAUCUAAAAAUGGUUAUAACUCAAUUAUAAAAUCAAUUUAUUAUUAAUUAAUCACAAUAAUACUUUACAUUUUCCAAUAAACAUUCAUUUUCAUUCAUUGAUAAUUUGAUCGAGUCACGAAGAACAUUGUUAAUUUCAAUUGAUACUUCUCACAUGAUCUUUGACAUGGCUGGUUGAGAUAUAUGCCAGAGAAGAUAAAGUAUUU